GCCUAAAGAGCGCGUUACAUGGAGUGUGCGUAACUUGACACGUUUGCAAAUGGCAAACGAGAAGGCGUUUAAUGUUCAGUCUGCUUAUUCAGAUCUCAACAAGGCUUGUAGUGCUCAAGCGUACGAUAAGAUUAUAAAUAUCUCUGGGAAAAUUCUUACAAAGUAUCCUGGUGAGACUAAAGCUUUCCUGUGCAAGGUUGUUGCCCUUAUUCGAACCGAGAAAUACGAAGAUUGUUUGAGUUUCUUGAAAAGAAACCCAACACUAUCUAGUCAUGUCAUCUUUGAGAAAGCUUACGUUGAAUAUAGACUUAAUCGUCUCACUGAAGCCGCAAAAACUCUUGAAUCAGCCGAGGCAAACGAUCCAAAAGCUCAGGAACUAAAAGCACAAGUGUUGUACAGGAAAGGUGAUUUUGCUGCUGCAUACGCCUACCUACGGUCAGUGAUUCGAAAUUCUCAAGAUGAUUAUAGUGAAGAACGGCUCGCGAAUCUAACGGCGGUGGCUGCUGCUGAAUCAUGCUUUAAUAACACUAAUCUGGACCUAGAUGUUAACCCCCAAAUGUAUGAAGGAAAGUUUAAUCUGGCAUGUUAUCAUCUUGGACGUGGUGACUGUCAUCUGGCAUCCAGAUUGUUAGAUGAUGCUGAAAAUACUUGUAAUCUGUGUCUCUCUGAAGACCCGGAAUUAACUGAAGAGGAGAAGAAUGAAGAGUUAGCUCCUAUAAGAGUUCAGCGAGCUUAUAUUUUGCAGAUCAAUAAGGAAGAAGAAGAAGCGAACCAGGUGUAUCAAUCAGUCAUUCGACAAAGAGCUUCAGAUACUGCUCUUCUAGCAGUGGCUGCUAACAAUAUUGUCUGUAUCAAUCAAGAUCAAAAUAUAUUCGACAGCCGUAAACGUAUUAAGAUGGCUUCUACAGAUGGUUUACAAUUUAAACUUUUUUCUCGCCAACGUACUGAUAUGCUUAUCAACCAAGCUUUGUUUUACUGGUACACGAACCAAAUGGAAGCUUGUACCGCAAAGCUACGUACAGUUUUACAAGAGGAGUUAAGUCCAAGAGCUUUGCUUUUAUCGGCUGCUCAGUUAAUUAAAGAGAAAAAUAUUGAUAAAGCAGUUUUACUCUUGGAAAGUUAUUUGUCCAAUGUUACUGGUAAUCAGGUAGAUGCAGAAAUCCCUUUAGCUUUGGCUCAAAUAAAUCUUCGCCGAAUAUCUGCAAAUCAUUUGGGAACCGGUAGUCCGCAACCUAAAAAUGCAUUAAAUGUAGCCCAAAUGCUUGAAAACAUUCUUCCCCAGCACUUAAUUCAUUCUCCCGGUGUUUUGUCAACACGGAUCGCUUUAUAUCUUUUAGCGAGCUCUGGUGAAAAUGCUGUACAAACACGUCCCGAUAGCAUGAAACAAAUAGUCAAUUGUAUUGAAUCAACCCUUCAUUAUUAUGAAGAGUUAGGAGAACAGAAUGAAACUUAUUCCCAUUUGUUGGAUAAUUGUGCUGGAUUUCUUCUGCAACAAGGUGAGGCAAAACUUGCGGCUGAAAUUCUUGAAAAACAGUUAGCCCGACUUGAAUCAAACGUUUCUCAAGAAAAACAAAAUAGUUUAAUCAAACAAGUACUGGUAGCUCGUUUGGUACGUGCCUACGCACAGUUUGAUCGUCCUAAAGCCGAACAAACCUGUAAAUCAUUACAAGCUAAAGAAUCCCUCUCAGAGGCUGAUGUAGAUACUUUGGAAACUACAUUUUUAUAUGGAGCAAAGUCUUUAAAACGGCUUGGCAAACCCAGUGAGCCAACGGAUAUUUCAGACAAGGGCAAGUCAAAACGAAACCAAAUUAAAAAAAACAUUUCUAAUACUCCUUCCUCAGAUCCUGGUGUGCAGCAGGUUACUUCACGUUCUAAGCGUAAAAAGAAGAAGAUUCGCCUGCCAAAGAAUUAUCAGCCAGGAGUUAUGCCUGAUCCUAAUCGUUGGUUACCCCGACGAGAACGUACUCACUAUCGUGGCAAACGUCGUGACAAGCGAUUUGCUCCUACACGCGGUCCUCAGGGUCAAAUAACUGGAGAAAGUGAAUGGGAUGCUGCUAUACGUAGUCCUAAAGUCAAAGUUCAUGAAGACGGUUCAGCAGGAUCUACUCCUAAACAAAUGUCUAAUACAGCUAAACAGCAACAAAAGAAAGGUCGUAAGAAAGGCCGAUAAUAUUACCAAGGCUAAAUAAAACAACAGAAUAUCUAAUUAAUCUGUAAUUUUUUGAUCGUGUAAUAUAUAUAGUGUAUUGUGCAUCUAUGUACAUGUUAUUUGUACUGUAAUAUUUCUUUUUGGUUCAAAUUCUGGAAACAUUUGUAUGUAUACCUAGUGAAAUAUAUUUGUUUUUAUUAGAUAAUUCCGUUUGACAGUAUAUUCUUAAUAAUUAAAGCAUCAUUUUCAUGGGUUACAACCUUUAAUUUCUUAUCAUUUAUUUAAUAUUCAUUAUAAGUGUAGUGGUUGUUAGUCUUUUUCAUUAUACUUGUUCUUGGAAGGUUAUUUCUUUUUUUCUUCUUCAUUGUAUCACUACAUAUUUAUUUGGUCUUUAUGAAUUAUAUUUUUAUUUGGUAUUCAUGAGUAAGAAUUAACGGUGUUACCACUUCCUAAUAUUGUUAAAUAUGUGUUUCUUUUAUUUAAAAUUAUGGUUUACCUCUAAAAUAAUGUAGAGAAGAAAAAAUGUAUUUCUGUGUACAUCUACGUUAGAGCGUAAACACAGUGAUAUUAUCUUGUUAGAAUAAUGGUAUACGAGAAAUGUGACUAUAUUUUAAGUAAUCAAAAAUAAAUACUGAUUGUCUGGGAAUUAUUAUCUUUGAUUAAUAUUAUCUAAGGUAAAUAAUGUGAUUGAUUUGAAGUAUACUCU